CAAUUAAAACAAGAAAUUACUUAUGUCAAAAUAUGUGACAGAUUAACAUAGGCUAUUAUAAGCGACCCUGAUCCUAUUUUGAGGCAAGAUACAUGCAUUUGGAAGGGUUGCACACACAAUUUCUCCUCUGUAUAUUUUCCCGGUUCCACCCCGUUUUAGGCAUACUCCAACAGUGUUGAGCAUGGAGAAGAAGGGCCUGAAAAUCAUUACCGGAGCAGACGAAUUAGGAUGUGCCCUAAAGGAUUCCCUGGUGGAAUACCUGAAAGAAAAGGGGGCAGAGGUGGAGGAUGUGGGCACUAACAAGUAUUACAGUGUGGGAGAAGAAGUGGGGCGACGGGUAAGCGAAAAACAGCAGGGGAGUAAUGAGCAAGUGAAGGGCUUGGUGGCCUGUGGGACGGGCGUGGGGGUUUCUGUGUUUGCUAACAAGUUCCCGGGCAUAUAUGCGGUCACAUGCGGAACCGUGGAGGAGGCCCAAAACUGCAGAUCCAUAAACGAUUGCAAUGUUUUGGCGGUGGGAGGAAUGUUCACAACACCAGAGGAGGGUAGGCGGAUCGUUGAUGCGUGGCUCGAUACGCCCUUCAGAGCCCCCUGCCCGGCCAGCAAGGGCGAACCCUGGCCGCCUGAGAUCGAUGCCUUUUUGGAAAAUUCUGUUAAAGAGAUGCCCAAAAUAUCAUCAUCAUCAUCAUCAGAUUCUUCUUCUUGCGCGCUUUGCUCGCUGAGCAAGACUAGGGAUUUUGAAGCGGUGGAUAUCAUGCCUGGUGGGUCGUGGAGUAUUGUGAGACAGAGCCCUACUGCUGCCAUUGUUAAAUUCAAGGCGGGAAGCAUUGAGCCCGCUCAUCAUCAUACCUUUGGGCAUGAUCUUGUUGUGCUAUCUGGUUCCAAGCGUGUGUGGAACCUUACUAAAAGCCAAACCUUUGAUCUGGGCCCUGGGGAUUAUCUCUACACGCCUUCUCCUGAUGUGCAUCGAGUGCAGUAUUUAACCGAUACGGAAUUCUUUAUCAGGUGGGAUGGGCACUGGGACAUUCUGUUGGACGAGGAUUUAACUGCUGCAACUGCUGCCAUUGAGGCUGUUGCAAACAAACCCAGCUAAAUUAGUCCUCUGUCAGUUUCUUGGCGAUCGUAUGUUAACGACUAAUUAGAACCAUAUAAGCUCAAGUAGGAGAUGGCGUUGUACGUGGAUUUGGAGUUUUAUAUGUAUGCCUUCAAUACACAAGAAUAGAUUAACUGUAAUGACAGAGUUAGUCAAUAUCCCACCAUUGGAUGAUAUGACAUGUAAUGGCUGUCUAAUUAUAUUUAUAAAACAUGGUUUCAGAUAUGAUCAGAUAUGGAAGUUACUUCAUGGGAAGAGUAAUUUCAUGAUUCUGUAUUCAUAAAAGCAUGUAAGGUUAAUAUACAACAACCCUGAUUCCAUGUAGUCCGAAAAUUCUCAGAAUGGUUAAAGCGAAAAACAAACCUUAUCUCUAGC